UUACCUAGAGCUUGUUACAUUGAGGACCCUUGGCUUAGCUGCUAGUUUGCUACCAUAUCAUAUCAUUGUAGUUGCUGGGGCCGGCUGCUGUGGAGCUCAGCAAGAGAGACAAGUCAACUCAGCUGCAGUAGUAACUAAUAUGGAGCAGAAGCAUGCAUAUGUUCACUCGUGGUUACAGACAGUGUUCUCUGAGGGGGAAGUUCCUCCCUACGAGGUGAACAGUGGAACGCUGGACACCCUCUACAAGAUGGCGUCACAGUGCCAGGAGAGGGAGGCCCAAGCUCAGUUAUUACUGACCGACUUGGAGCAGAAGACAACCGAGUAUCAGGCUGAGACAUGCAGACUAAAGGCCGUGACGGACUGGGUGGGUGUGUCUUUGAGUGAUCUCACCCCAACAGCUGCUUCCUGUCUCACGAGCUUGACUGAGGCAGCACUGGCACUCAACAUUGCUGACUGCUCUGAUACAAGUUUCUGCCUGGCUCUGAGUCGACUGAGUAGCCAUGGUGUUGGGGAGAGGGUUGCUAAGGAAGAGCUGGUGAGGAAGCUAGCCGCACUGAGGGACGAGUUUAAGACAGCUGUACUAGAACAAGUCUCACAACAAAGAGUGCUGAGUCAGCUGUCGUCAGAGGUACGAGAGAGACAAGUUGCCAUGGAGAAGCAGAAAAGAGAGACUGUUUUUCUGAGGCAAAAGUCUGAACAAUAUCAGAAGCAAGCCUCCUCAAUGAAGGCAGAAUUGGAGGGGUUGGGCUACCAAUCUGCCCUCGGUCACAGCGCUCUAUUGGAGGGGGCGCGAGAAGUGAGCGAGAUACAGGGACAGCUGGCCCCUCUCAAAGCUCAGCUGGUCAGCUACAAGGACCUACCUCCAGACUUGGACCUGGCCAGAGUUAAAGUGGAGGAGGCUAGGAGAAAGCUGCUGAGACUAGAGGCAGAGCUGGCUAGCAAGAUUGACCUGGUUCAUGUGGAGAAUUAAGCGAACUCAUAACCCAUCAAACACUUUUAGCAUAUUGCAUCACAUGACUUCAUAUUCAACACACACGGUAUAUAAAACUACCGUAAGUGUUUCAAUUACUAUAUACCAACAUUUCAUUCUUCUAUAUAAAUUUAUUGUGGUUUGGCAA